AUGGCUGCCGAUAACGGUCUCAAUACCUCUCAGGAUCCUCUAUCCUUCAUUCCCCCCAGUGUCGACUCGGCCCAAUUGCUCUCCGGAGCCUCUUAUGCAUAUUACACGCCCUGUCCCGCCCGAAUCACGUCUCGCGCCAAAGCGUCCAGCGAUGGUGUGGAAACAACUCAAUGUGUACUAGGCGUGGAUGAGGCUGGCCGUGGGCCGGUCCUAGGCCCAAUGGUUUACGGUGCCUUUUAUCUACCGAGGGACGUUCACCACUCUCUCUUGGCUGAAAAGCACAGCUUCGACGACAGCAAAGUCCUUACACCUAAUGCCCGCGCCAACCUGAUGCGACUCCUCAACACGCCCGGUGAGGACUUGUUCGAGUCCUGCGGCUACGCGAUCAAGGCCCUUUCUGCCCGCGACAUUGGUUCUGGGAUGAUGAGACCCGGCACCGCCGUUUACAAUUUGAACGCACAGGCGAUAGAUGCAACAAUCGAGAUAAUUCGCGGCGUGGUCGAAGUCCUCGGAGUGGAUGUGCGAGAGGUGUACAUUGACACCAUCGGCAAUCCAGCUACCUACCAGGCCAAAUUGGAGAGAAUUUUUCCAACCAUGAAAAUCACCGUGGCCAAGAAGGCAGACUCCCUCUAUCCAUGCGUCAGUGCAGCGAGUGUUGCAGCCAAGGUGACGCGUGAUGUCGCGUUGGAAGUUCUGUACGAGGCCGUGCUUCGCGCUCAACAGUCGGGAAACGCGUCUGUUCAGGGAUGGGGCAGUGGCUAUCCCUCGGAUUCCAAGUGCGUGGGAUGGUUGCGACGAAACAUGGAUCCCGUCUUUGGAUGGGGUAAUGAGUGUCGCUUCAGUUGGGGCACUGCGAAGGAAAUGCUGGAAAUCAAGGGCGGAGCACGAGUGGACUGGCCAGCGGACGAGGACGGAGGAGCAGGGCAGCUCAGUGAGUUCCUCUUGGUAUCAGGUCCAGGCAAAAGCUCAAGUCGAGGUGGCCUUGGGGAAUGGUAUGGUCAAAGGCAUGCCGAGAUUCUAUGA